CAUCUUUCCCACCAAACCCAAAGGCUUGCUCACCUUCAGCUGAGUGCAUCCGAGAGCCUGGGCGAGAAGUAGCGUGAGCCAGCAUGGAAGAACGUGGCAAUCCUCCAAGGCCUUAGCAGAUAGACAGCUCCAAAAGGAUGCUCGGUGUGGGGAGAUUUGCCUGCUGGAGGAUGGGGUGCACAGGGCUGAGCUGUCUGGCAGCGCUGGCCGUGCUCUGUGGGGCUCUCGGGGAUGCUCCCAGCAGAGGCAUCAAAUGCGGGGGAGUACUUUCAGCACCCUCUGGCAAUUUCUCCAGCCCCAACUUCCCAGGGCUGUAUCCCUACGAGACAGAGUGCACGUGGCUCAUCGUGGUGGCCGAGGGCUCCUCCGUCCUGCUCUCCUUCAGCCACUUCGAGCUGGAGUACCACGACACCUGCGCCUACGACUACCUCCAGGUCUACAACGGGGCUGCCCGGGACCGGGGCAACCUCCUGGGCACCUUCUGUGGCCACAGCCCCCCGCCAGCCUUCUCCUCCGCCUGGCACGUCAUGGCCGUGGUCUUCCGCUCCGACCGGCACGUGGCCAAGCACGGCUUCGCCGCUGCCUACAAGAAAGACGCCUGCGGAGGGCAGCUGACGGGGCUCUCUGGGGAGAUCACCAGCCCCCGGUACCCCGAGAGUUACCCCAACGACGCCGAGUGCCGCUGGAGCAUCGGCGGGGCCAGCGCUGGUGGCCCCCUCACCCUGGUGUUCGCUGACUUCCAGAUGGAGGGCGGCCAAGGCUGUGGCUUCGACUACGUGGCCCUUUUUGAUGGCCCCACCGUCAGUGCCCCCCGCCUGGGACGUUACUGCGGCAGCGCCCGCCCGCCCCGCACCGUCUCCUCCACCCCACACCUCCUCAUCGUCUUCAAGUCGGACUUCAACAUCGGUGGCAGGGGCUUCAAGGCCCAUUUCUACUCGGGCGAGUGCCAGGAGGUGUUCACCACCAUCAAAGGGAAUUUCUCCAGCCCUCAGUACCCCAACUUCUACCCCAACAACCUGGAGUGCCAGUGGAGCAUCCAGCUGCCCCCAGGCUACCGAGUCAAGGUCUUCUUCCUGGACAUGGAGCUGGAGGGCCGGAGCAGCCUGACGGGUGACUGUGACUACGAUCACUUGUCUGCCUUUGAUGGUGGCACCGAGAACGGAUCCCUGCUGGGGCGGUGGUGCGGGCGGGAGAGCCUGGCACCCGUCACCUCCCACAGCAACCGGCUGCUCCUGGUCCUCCACACCGACCGCAACACGGCCAAGAGGGGCUUCUCCGUCUCCUACGUGGGAGUUGUGCCCAUGAACGUCAGCUGCACCCGGACAGACUUCCACAUCCAGAUCCCCGUGCAGUCCCUGGCCCAGCUGGAGAGGAAUAGGAUUUAUUUGGGUACCCCCUCCUGUGCAGCCCAGGUGGUUGGCAGGAACUUCAAAAUACACACCAGGUUUGACACCUGUGGCACUGAAUCCCAGAGACGCAACAACACCUCCAUCAUCGUCAGCACCCUCUACAUUGAUUUUUCAGUGGGAGACCAGGAGGACAUCCACCAGUACGAGGUGCAGUGUGAGCCAAAGAGGAAGGAAGCCUCGGUGACCCUUAUUGCUGGCCCAGAUCUGUCCAGGCUCAGGCAGGCAGAAAACCUGGUGGAUGCCGAGCAGUGGGAGGGAGAAGCGAUGGAUGCCCGUGAAAUCAAGAGCCAGGACACCAGUGACAUCGUCUUCAUCAGCAUCUGCAUCCUGGCUGGGCUCCUCAUGGUCAUCGCAGUGGUGGGGCUGGUGCUUCUGUAGGAUCCAGCGAUUGCAGUCCAGGGCAGAAAGGCACCCCAAAAUCCAUCCUCACCCCAGGCUGAACCCUAACACAGCUGCCCAAACAGAGACACAGCUCCCAGAUCCCAAAGCUGAGCCUGAACCCAACCUCCACCUCUUCUUAGUGCCUGAAAAAUCUGGGCAAUAGGCAGCCGUUUCCCUUCCCAAUUUGUUUUCCUCUGUCUCAAUCUGUCCAUUUGGCUCAGGAAUGCAAUUCUUGCGCUCCCUAACUCUUCCCACACCUGUUUCAAUUUGUUUUCCCUGUAGUGCUGCUGCUUUCAGGAAAGUA